AGGAGUGACGACGAUGUGAUCAGCCAAAGUUGAUUCGUGCGUUAUCCACCGGAGACCGAAGAGGCGAUGACGGUCCAGUGUAACAGAUUCAUCGACUACUUCGUGAUAUGUGGUCUGGAUGGAAGCUCUGGAUUAGAAGUCGCACCUACCUUGGCCUCGGACGAUGAAGUGGUUCAAGAAAAUUCUCCUUUAGAACGCUCGUACAAGAGCAAAAUAUUGGGGCAUUAUCCAGAUACUGUGCCGUGGAAUCAAUUUGAUCCGGAAGCUGUAAGCACGCUGUGCAUGCCACAUGGGCUGGAGUUUCGCACUCAGAAACACAAGCUCGAUCCGUACUUUCACGGAUUCAUUGUUACCCGUGAAGAUGGAUCUCGCUAUUACGGCUUCGCUUUCACAUUUUACGAGGAAGUGAAGGAUUCUAAAAUCUGUACUGCGCUGCACACGCUUCAGUCAAUGCACAUCGCUGAAGCUUCACGCGGAACUAAGCCUUCACCGGGUGCAGAGAAGAAAUGUCCGCCUUAUCCUGCUCUCUUGGGAAACACGAAAUCUUUGCCGAGGCAUUUUCGUCUUUCGGAUUUGGCUGAUCCAGCUUCUAGCGAAACCAACAAAUACUACGACAUCGGCAAAGAUGAUUUGUUCUGCUUGAAAACCAUAGCUGUUAUUUCGCAGUAUCCCUUUCUUCAUCUGGCGAAAGAGUUGUUGUCUGGACUGUACCGACUUGUGAUGCGAGAUGUCACUGAUAAUCUGUGCAUAGAAGACUACGUUUACAACGCCUUGUAUGGAAUACCUUUGCCGAAUCCUGGUACAAGUGUUGGAGUGAGAUUGUGGGGUCCUGGAUCGCCAUUACUUUGCUUGCAACUCCCCGAUCUCGAUGAAUUACCAUUGCUGGAAUUCCCGUUUAGAAUUGUGUUCUCCCUCUUACCACCUCAGCCGCUUCUUCAACUUUUCGCCUGUGUUCUCCUGGAAAGUCAAGUUCUACUGUUUUCAAGGGAUUUCAAUCGAUUGUUCCUGAUAGCAGAAUGCAUAUCAGCAUUGCUUUUUCCAUUUUCUUGGGAGCACGUAUACGUUCCUAUUGUUCCUGCCUCUCUCAUGCAUUUUCUGGAUGCUCCAGUGCCUUAUAUCAUGGGCUUGCAGUGUUCGAAAAAAUCACGGCAAGGGUUGGAUUUCGGCCAGGCAAGUUUAUGCGUGGUGGAUAUCGACAAAGGGAAGGUAAAAGUUCCGGAGGAUACGCCGUGUUUUCCGAGGGACGACGAUCUUAUCAAGGAAAUCACUGUGGUGCUUGAGCAGUUUGGGCUUAAGGAGCCCUAUGACAAGAACCGCAACGAGAAGCUGAUUCGUCGUCAUUCGAGCCGUCGACGGAAAACCUCGUGGAGUAACGACAGCGACAGUGGAUUAUCCAGUGACCGUAGUCAUUCUCCUAUCAGCGCUCGUCAUCAGUCCUCGUCGGCCAGUGUUGCUUCCGUGUUGGCCAGUCCGCGGAACGCGAGGGGUUCUCGGAUUGCCGCUGGGUUACAGAAUCAGAGACGACGACAGCGACGGGCUGCUUCUGCUGAUGCCAAUGGCGAAGACGCGGAGGACGAUGACUGGAGUUACGGCGCGAAUGGCUUACCCCCGAGCGGUUCCAUUUUUCGGCAGACAGGAAUGUCGAAAAAAGGUCAGACGUCAUUUGAGUCAGGACCUGGAUGCGGUCCUGGGAACCCGACCACAUCCCAGUACAACAUCAGAGAUGCGCAGUACGCGUCGGAUAUUUUAUUGAAUAAUGGGGUACGCGAGGUUUUCUUGAACCGUUUCAUUCACAUGUUCGGUUCCUUUGAAAACUUCGUCAUCCUUCCGACUCAGGACCUGGAAAGCUGGUUGAACAAUAGAGAUUCCGUCCAGAAUUUCGACAAGUCCACCUAUUUGGGUGAUCAACCCGCGCAACAUUGGCCAUUUUUGUCGCGGUUUUUGGAGACGCAGAUGUUCACUUCGUUCGUAGAUGCCAAGAUUCUGAAACAUUUCGGCCAAUCCUCCCCGAGGGUUGACUUGUUCGAGCAACGCAUCCUUCGACUUCGUGCGGGAAGAAAUUCAUGCGAACAGAAUUUCGGCGAUGGAACAUAUUUGCCGUGCGAGUCCAUUCAAGAAACUCAGGAAGUCAUGGAACCGCGGCUAAAAAGCGCUGAUGUUCUCGCGUCCGCUCCUUCUUCCUGUCUCGUUCGUGGUUACUCUGCUCCAAUUCGUCAGGGCCCUCUGGCCCAUUUCCCUUUGCUGGAUCCACUCGUCAUGAACCAGCCAUUGUCGCCGAGAGCACUUCAAAAGCUUCGCUACCCAGGGACUAGGUCACGGCCUCGGUUGGAUAAGCCGAAUAUUCAGAGUCCCGACAUGGUGGCUUCGCGUAGGCUCUCUACGAUUAAUGAUGUCAGCAAAGCUGUACUUGCGGACAAGAACUGGACGUUUGUCGAGGAACUUCUGAAGGGCAUAUCCGCAUUAUGGUUUCAUUUACACAAUUUUCAACAAUUGGAGGAUCCGAUUCAGGGCAUUGAUCCGAACCAAUUAACGCCAGAGAAGUUGAUUGUUCCGUUGCGGCGUUAUCCUCGAUUAGCAUUUCCGCAAAUUUUGAUGCAAUUGAAGAGAGGAAAUGUUGGUCUUCUGGCCGACCAGCUGAGGAAUUUGGAUCUCACGACGUCUGGCCUGACCGAUUCGCUGAAAUCUGCAACUGGCACAUUAGCCCGUGGAGAUUUGGGAGCCAAUUUUCGCUCCAACAACACAGCCCGUUCGGUUUUCCCCGGACAACAGAUCUCUGGAAGAUCACCGAGCGUUCCUCCACCAAUGAACCGUUUGUCGCGUUUUGAGCGAAACGCGUCUGUGGAAAGAAGUGGAGGGUUUUCGAGAUCGCGUGGAACUUCGCCGGAUGUUUCAUCCGUGUCAAGCUUCCGGCCUAUGCCGAAGUCUGUCACAUUUGACAUGAGCCAUGUGCAAGCGAUGGAAGAGAUCAAAACCGAGGUCGGUUACGCCAGGGCUUGGGUGAGGCUAGCAUUGGAGAAGAAGCUUUUGUCGACGCAUCUGCGUUCCCUGCUCUCUAAUUAUGAUUUGCUUCGUACACAUUACAAGAGGUGUGCGUUCUUGAGGUGCGAUGACGAACGUGAGCAGUUUUUGUAUCAUCUGCUGUCUUUGAAUGCGGUGGAUUUCUUCUGUUUUACGAACACGUACACGAAGAUGGUGAUCUCUUAUCAGGUGAGUUACGAAGUGUUAGUUGUUCCUUCGAAAAAGCAAAGUUCUACCUCAGCGAACGUCUGGGUCAGUGUGACGGGAACUUUGGGCGAAACCAAGCCGAUCGAAUUGCCUCGUGGAUUAACUCAUGUCGUUUUCGAGCACAAGAAUCUCGGCGUCCUCUCCUCGCUCACCAUCGGGCAUGACAAUUCAGGAAUGUAUCCCAACUGGCACGUUGACCACGUGCUGGUUCGAAAUGAAGUGACAGGACACACCUACGUGUUCUCGUGCGGUCGCUGGUUGGGGAAAAAUGUGGAUGACGGUUCCACUGCGAGGCUUUUGGUCGGGGAACUGAUGAGAGCUGCCGUCGGUGAUGAAUUACAAAUGUCCAUGACGGGUAGCAUGUAUGGGUCCCUGACUGGCCUUAGUUCGAGCGCCAGCAUUUCGGAUAGCAUGUAUGCCCGGGCAUCGCCCGCGAAUUCAUCUCGACCUCAGUCUCCGGCUGUUUCCAGGCGAUUCACGGAUUCCCGGCUUGUGGAGGAUAUCCAAGAAAUGCUUCGUGAUGCGGUGAACGUUCUGGUGAAACAUUUCAACAAAAAAGAAGCAGAUCGCGGAAGCUUGACGCAGUUGUUAUGUGGAGACGGAGGCCUUGUGAUGGCGUUUGAACGGACACUUCUGUGUGGUUUCAAGUCAUCCAGAUUAUUCUCACGAAAUCUUUACUUGUGGGACUACCUUGUGCGUGUGCAAGCUCAUCAUGUUGCCAUCGCGCAAAGGGAUCGAGCGGAGGGUAAGAAGCAAACCGACGUGAUGCUUUACAAAUUGAUAAAGAGCUACUGCAUUCUGAUCGAUCGGAUCAACAAAGCUCCUCCAUUGGACGAAGAUCAGAAAUUCAGAAUUUCCUCUUCUUUGGGGAAAGAUGACAAAUUUCAACUCUUCGUGUGCAUCUCUGUUCGUGAUCAUUUACUGUCAUGGUUCCUUGAUCUUCUCGCCAAGGCGAGUCCUACGGCUCAGAUGUUCGAGGAUUGGUCAUUCCUUCGGACGCCGGAAUUACUCUCGUUCAUGAAAUGUGUGCUCGGCGCAUUGGAUGAAUUCAACAUGGUUUUGGAAACUUCGGUGUCGAAAGGGAUCUCAGCUUCCAUGUACAAGUGCUUCCAGACGUCCACGUCGGCGAGCUCGGGUAACCAGGGCAUUGACGGGCAACGUGGACGCGACCGCAGGAGAAUUGCCCAACGGUGA